UAUAAGCAAACCCUCAAACACAACACAUUUAAAUUAUAAAAAGAGACUGCAUCAUGAAUCUGGAGUACUUUAGCGAGGGCCUCGACUGCCUGAUGUACUGCGGCAUGAAACUGUCGCCGGAGCAGCGUAUCCUGAUUGAGAACUCACUGAUCGCCUUGCAAAAUGACAACCGCUUUUCGGGCAUGUAUUUGUGGGGCCGCAUCACGGCCACCAAAAACGAUUACUAUAUUGCAUUUGUCACGAACGAUUGCCUAAAGGAUCGCAAAUACUUUUACAGUCUGGAUCAGUUUCAGUGGCAGCUAUUGCCUUUUGUGCAAAGCCCUAAUAUCUUUCAGGCAACUAUAUUGGCAAGGGAGCCAUUUAUAGGAGAUCCCAGCAUUCAAACCUACGUUAAGUUGGAUCCCACUUUCGAUAUUGUAGGAAAUCAGGUGGCAGGCAUUAGUCGCCCUGAAGUGGUCAAGCUCAAGGAGGAGGAGCGCCUGGCGGCCAUUGUCUUUAUUAUCACCGAAGAGUGUGCCAUUUGCCCCCGUGGCGCGUUCUACAAGAUGACCGAUAGCCGCGUGAUACCCAAUCCGAUGUUCAGGGGCCUAAACAGUCUGCAAAUGGAUAACCAGUCUUAUUAUCAACUAUACCGUCUGCCCCGUAACGAUCUCAAAGUGAAUUUGGCCAAGAGGAGCGACUAUAACUAUGCUAUCGACUUCCUGGACACCAUUGAUAGCGUUAUUCCACUAGGUCAGGCCUUUGCCUUGAAUUUGCAACGGAACGAACGACUGGUGGUGAUCAAGUCUUGCCUUUGGAUGGGCAUGACCUUCUUCCACAAGAUGGAUUCCCAUAAGCAUGGAUUCCUCUUUGGGGAUGGCAAGAAGAACUUUGAUUUGCUCUUCAUGUAUUGAUUUUGCUUAAUAAUUAUGGUUGUUUCCUGCAUGUA